GUUUUCCUUUCCUUUUCUUUUUCCUUGUAAAAAUAUGUCAUUUAAUUCAAUGGAUUUAUUAUCAAUCUCUUGUCAAAGUUUAGAAUCAAUUGAACAAGAAAUUAGACUGGCAACUAUUUGGACUGCGUUUAAUAAAUAUAAUAAUCCAAUUGACAACAAAACAAUUAAAAAAUAUAUUACUUCGAUUUUAUUGUCACCUGCCCCUAUUGUCGAUAACAAUCUAGUUCCACAGCAAAGGAAGAAAGAGGAUGGAAGAUCACUGUUCUUUUCAAAAGAAGAAAAAUUAUCUUCCUCAUUUUGUAGUAGUGUUGUUUUAAUUGAAAAUGAUAAAAAAGAAGAAGAGAAAAGACAACAAAAAGUAAAAAUUAUUGUUAUAGAUGACGACGACGACGACGACGAUGAAUAUGACGAUGAUGAAGACGACGACGACGAAGAAGAAGAAGAAGAGGAGGAGGAGGAUAUUUUUUAUGAAUUUAAAAAGACACAACCCGUAAUACCAACUACACCACGUAAAUCUCUUUUAUCAGAUUUAUUCAAUAGUAAUAAGCCUCCCUCUUUAUUAUCAUCUUAUACAAGUACAAAUCAUUCUUCAUUAAUAAUUGAAGAUAACAAUAAUAUAGUAGCUACAAAGCCAUCAUGUAAUCAUUUUUUACUUAAUAAUACGACUAAAAUCACUUCUACUACUACUACUAGUAAUCACAAUGCAACAGAAUGGCAGGAAUCAUUUCAUGACUGUUGGUAGUACAUGUAUAAACAUAUAUAUAUUUAUAUAUAUGUAUAUGUAUAUAUCUGUAUAUGUAUAUAUAUUUAUAUGUAUAUUUAUUUAUAUGUUUAUAGUAUACACAUA